AUGGAUAUUUUAUUAAAUUUAAUAAAUUAUUCAAAUAAUUUAAAAUCACAAAUCAAAAAUAAUAAUAAUCCUGAAAAUGGGUCCAUAGUGGUACUACUUUCAAAUAUAUCAAAUGAUUUUGAAGAAAUUAAAGAUUUACAAUACAAACAACAACAACAACAACAACAGAAUCCAAAUAACAUAAUAAAAACAUUUUCAAACACAAUAUUUAAAAGAAUAAAACAUUUUAUAACAACAAAAUUAUUAUUAAUAAAAAAAAGAAAAAAUAUAACUAGUUCAACCUCAACAUCCACAUGCACAACAAUUACAAUUGAUAAAAUUAUAAAUACAAUUCUAUUUGAAAAUUUAAAUAUAAUAAUUAAACUAUUAUCAUUAAUUGAAAUGAUAAUAAUUAGAGAAUAUAAUUAUUGUAAAAACACAAUAACUCAACAACAACAACAACCAAUAUUAAUUUGGAUUGGUAAUUCAACCAAUAAUAAUAAUAAAAAUAAAAAAAUAAAAAUAAUAAAUUUAGAAUCAAUUGAAAAAUCAAUAAAUUAUUUAAAAACAAUUAAACAACAAAAUAAAAACACUAGAAUAAUUAUAGAUAAUGAUAUACCAUUAGAUCAUAUAAAACAAUUACUUUCACAAUUUAAUAAUUUUCCAAUUAAUAUAAUAUGUUUUAAAAAUAAAUGUAAAAAUAAUGAAAAAGAAAAAAAAGAAGAAGAAGAAGAUCAUGAUCAUGAUCAUGAUGAUAAAAAAAAAGAAAAAGAGGAUAAAGAAAAGGAGGAGGAGGAGGAAGAAGAGGAUAGUAAUGAUGAUUUUGAAAUUAAUGAUUAUAUUACAUUUCUAUCAAUAGAUUUUAAUAAUCAUUUCAUAUCGCUAUCAAAUACUGAAAUACUAUAUGAUUAUUUCAUAAAUUCAAUGAAUUAUAAACCAAAAUUUAUAACUACAACAACUACAACAACAACAACAACAGUAAAUGGUUCAAAAAAUUCAUCAAAUACAACGACACCAAUAACAACUAAAGAUGAUAUUGAUUUAGAUUCAGAUGGUGAAAAAAAAGAAAGUGAUGAUGAUGAUGAUGAUGAUUUAACAGAUGAAGAUACAUCACAACAUAAUGAAAUUUAUUCAACAUCACCAAAAGUUUCACAUUCUACAUUUUGUCAAUCAUCACCAACUUUACUUGAUUUAGAUUUACAGCAACAACAACAACAACAACAGCAGCAAAAUGAUAAAAUAGGUGGACAACAAGAGAAACAAAUAACACCAAAUAGAUCGUAUACAAUUAGAAAUAUGAAACCGGUUUCAAAUCAAAGAUAUUAUUCAACACCAAAUAAAACUGUAAUAAUAAACCAACAACAACAACAACAACAGCAACAACAAUCAUCAACAUCACCAAGUAUAUCACCAUCAUCUUCAAAUAUUAAAAGUGAACCAAAUUUUGCACGUAUUGAUUAUAAAACCUCAAUGUUUAUAUCGAAUAAACCAGUUGCAAUAACAACUGGAAAAGUAGCAACAACUCAAAUUCAUCUUAGAGAUGCAUUGGAUAAUCCUGUACCAACCAAUUUAACAUCAUCAAAUCCAUCUGGAUUUGGUCCAAUCUCAUCAUCACCUUUACAUUUAACUUUAUUGGGUCCAACUAAUGAAAUUUUACCAUUUUAUUGUUUUGUAGUUGGUUCUGGUAUUUUUGGUAUUAGCUUUUUUCCAACAAUUCAUGGUAUUUAUACUUUAUCUGCAUCUUUAGAUUAUAAUAAUAAUAAUAAUAAUAAUAAUAAUAAUAAUAAUAAUAGUAAUAAUAAUAAUGGUAUAAAAAAAGAUUUAUCAAUUAAAAAUAGUCCAACCAUUUUUAAAUCAACUGCUGAUGGUAUCAUUUCACCAAAUGAAAUUAGAUCAUUACAUAACUCUAAUGAAAAGAAAAGAAAAUUACCAUUAUUAGAUUUUGAAUCAACCUCAAAUGAUUCAAUUGAUUUAUUAGAUUUUAUUAUUGAUUCUGUUGAUAAAAACAAUAAUAAUAAUAAUAAUAAUAAUAAUAAUAAUAAUAAUAAUAAUAAUAAUAAUAAUAAUAAUAAUAAUAAUAAUAAUAAUAAUAAUAAUAAUAAUAAUAAUAAUAAUAAUAAUAAUAAUAAUAAUAAUAAUAAUAAUAAAGAAAAUCAUAAUCAAAAUCAAAAUGAAAUUGAAAAUGAAAAUAAAAAUGAAAAUGAAAAUGAAAAUGAAAAUGAUAAAAAUGGAAUUAUUUUUAUUAAUCAAAAUUUAAAUAAAGAAUUUAAUGAAAGUAGUCCAGAAAUGUCACCAACUUUACAAGUAGAAGACGAUAGUAAUAUUUCAGCUGUUAAUAAUGAUAGUAGUGAGAUUGAAGCAACCCUUGCAAUUUAA